AUUUCAUCUCUUCUUAGUUCUUGGACGAAAGGACUCAUCCGUAUCCAAAUCGGGCCAAAUAUACCAGUUAUUAGGUUAUUACUUCUGAAUCACUGAAUUUAAAACUUCUUCAAUACCGAUUAUUGUAAAUCUUAAACAAUUCAUUCMUCGUUUCGUAUUCCAUAGUUUCAAAUUUAUCUUUUUCGUAUUAUUUUAAUAGAUUACAACUGACAAUUAUUACUAUUUAAUAUUUUCUUAUACCUAUUGUCUUCAUAUUAAUAAAAAAACAUUUCUCAACGCCAUAACUUCUUUUUUAAAACAACACGACGAUUUCAUUGGCCCUUUGAGGGAAGUAAGUCGUAAAUUUCUAUUAAUAACAAUGCCUAAGAAGAAAAUAAUUCAGCAUGAUGAACCUGUACACGCAAGACCUCAUAGAAAUAUGAAAGCCAAAGUGGUAUUCGAUCCAUCUGAUAAUCAUAUACCAAAGAAGAGAGCUAAAUAUUCUUUUAAAAAUGAAAAAUCCAUGGAAUUUAGUACUGUAAAAAAAACUACAACUGAUAGACCUCGUGAUAAAAGAAGAAAACAACAUGCCACUAAGUCAAAAAGUCUGCCGGUUAAACCAGUAACUGAAUUGYUAGAUAGUUCAUCAACUGAAAUCAAUACUAUAUCUUCAAUYGUUUCACCAAUUAAUUCUCCAGUAAAAAGUGUUACUCCAGAUGUUAAUCAGGAAAGAUCAAAAAAUUGUUUUAUUUGUUCAACAAUUUCAGGAAAGACAGAAUUAAUUGAUUGCCCAAUUUGUUUGAUCAAAGCUCAUAGACACUGUUUAAUAGUUGAGGAGCCUGUGUGGAAAUUCAAAUUAGAUUUAUGUCCUUGGUUCUGUAAACAAUGCAGAAAACGAAAUUGUAGCAAAUGUCUCAAAGACGAUUCCCGGUCGAAGAUACAACGCCGCUGCAUAACUUGUGAAGUUGGUUUGCAUUCCAUUUGUUAUGAAUCAUAUGAAAUAAAACCAUUACAUAAAUUACAAAACGAUAUGUAUGUAUGUAUUCCUUGUGCGACUUUGGCUACUCAAAUAAACGAAGAAGAAGAAGAAGAUGAAGAAGAAGAAGAAGAAUUAAAUGAAGCAAUAGUAAUACCUGAUAUUGAAGACGAUGUUGAGUCACGCGUUUCUAGUAUUGUGUCUAUAUCAUCUGACGAAUACGACACUGAUUCUAGAAGUUAUAGAUCUUAUUCUUGUUCAUCGGACUAUGAAAAAUAUGAUGCAUAUCAAAAUAACAAUAUCCCAAAUAUAUUAAAAUGGAMUAAAGAUCAAGUGCUUGAGUAUUUAGCCGAGUUUUUACCCCUAGAAAUUAUUGAUCAAAUAAAAAAAUAUGAUCUUGAUGGACGUGCUAUACAAUUACUUCAACGGAAUGAUAUCAUAUCAAACAUGGGUUUGAAACUUGGGCAUGCCUUGAAAUUUUACAAACAAGUAAGAAUUUUACAAACACAAAGUACAUUCAAUCGCUUAUUUUGGGAAUAAUUAUUAUUGCACCUAGCAUCCACUUAUCAUUGAAUGAUAUCUUAUUGUGUUCAUAUUUUUUUGYACAUAAAAUAUAAUUAUUAUAAGCUUGAAACCCRUCCUUUACAAAUGUUUGAAACAUUUAUACAAUUAGAUUUAAACAAAAUACUCUGUGUUUACCAAUAGUGAAAUUUACUUUUUAGUUGAGUUUAUAUAAAAAUGCAUUAUUGUCAAUAUCUUAGUYUUAGUUUCAUUGCAUAUAAAGAUGCCYAAUUAAAUGUUUAUACUGUGUGAUAUAAUUAUUAUGUAUAAUAAUAGCAAAAAAMCCCCUAAAAUACAUACUAUAGUGUUCAUGACCCAACCAUAUACCUAUGAGUUUAACAUUCAUAAACUAGUAAUAGUUUUCCAUAAGUACUCAAAAAUAUGUAAUAACAAUAAUAUACAACUAUAUUUUAAAUAAUAAUAAUACUUGUAUUUAUAGAUAAUGAAUAGUAUUAUCUA